AGCUUGUUUAUGUAAAUGAAUAUAAUGAGGAAGAAUGGAUGCCUUCAAAAGACAAUGAAGGACGAGUGUAUUAUUACCAAGUCAAUGGAGAAGCAUCUGCUUGGGAACUUCCAGAGGUGGAACCUGCUACACGACAGUCUUUCGAAGCACUGGAUGUCACCUACAGAAGACGCUCUCCAAAUCUCAGUCUUAGAAAUUCCAAGUGUCAGUCUAUGCUGACAUCCAGUCCACGAAACUCGCAAACAAAUCUCGCUGCCCCCACUCCUUUGUCUGCAGCUGCUUAUGGCUUUCCCCCACCUCCCAUGUUUCAUGAGCGAUCUGCAUCUGUACAAUCUCGAGAGAGUGUCUCGUCUGGUGGGGAAGACUGGCCAGCACCUCCAACACCUACAACAGAUUAUAGCAAUUUUUUUCAGGAGAUAGAAAAACAAGGAGUACUAAAUCGAAAGAAAAUGAUUGAGGGAGGUGGAAAGAAGGUCAAAAAAGUGUCCUGGACCCCAACCUUUGUCAUACUCUUUUCGGCAAAUCUGGUGUUCUACAAGGACCAAAAAGCAGCUACUCCGAAACCUGGUCUUCCACAUGGCAAACCAGAAAGUAGCUGUGUUUUGCAAGGUGCUUCACUAGAGUGGGCUCCUUCUGCAUCAACCAAGAAGAAAAAUGCAUUCCAGAUACGAGCAUUGUCUGGACUUGUGUUUCUCCUUCAACAUGACCAUCAAAUGGAGGCAAACAACUGGUACAGUGCCAUAGCUGCUGUCAUCAAGAGACUGAAUGAAGAAGAGCCACUGCCAGUACAAUACCAGCCACCACAAGUUAUUGACGAUCCAGGGACACCAACAGAAGAGGAGCCAGGGACACCAAACACCUUACAGCCAGUAGAACUGAUUCGCACUCGCAGUAGAAGAGGAGUGAGUGAAAGAGAUGAGAACAAAACAAAAAUCAAAGACAAGUUACGCAAGCUGAUUUCAAAAAGACCUCCUAUCGAGGAACUGGAGAAGAAAGGAAUCAUCAAAGAAAGUGUAUUUGGUUGCCACAUCGGACAUCUGUGUGAAAGACAGAAAACUUCAGUGCCUGUCUUUGUCAGUUCAUGCAUUGCUGCUAUUGAAAAGAGAGGUCUGUCAUAUGAUGGUUUAUACAGAGUAUGUGGAAAUGUCUCUACAGUGCAGAAGCUCAGAAUAAUGGUUGACCAAGAGGAGAAAAUAGUUCUUGGUGAGCCACCUUUUGAUGAUGUGCACGCACUAACUGGGUCUCUAAAGCUGUACUUCAGAGAACUCCCCGAGCCUCUUAUUCCCUAUGACUUCUUUAGUGGGUUUGUUGAGGCAAUAAAACAAACCACACGGAAAGACAAGUUAACUGCAAUGAGGUCACUGGCAGUUCAGAUGCCAAAAGUCAAUGGGGAAACUCUUAAAUUAUUGCUGCGUCAUUUACGAAAAUUGAUGGAUCAGAGUGAGGAAAACCGUAUGACUGCACAGAAUCUGGCCAUUGUGUGGGGUCCGAAUCUCAUGUGGCCGCGCUAUGAUUCAGGCGACAUAGCCGUCAAUAUGGUGCAUCAAAACCAGAUUAUAGAAUUCCUUCUUCUGGAAUUUGAUCACGUGUUUAAAUAAGCUUAAACUAAAGAAAACAAGAAGGAUGAAAGAAAAGUAAUAUACUUAUACUGUAUUUUUUCAGUGAAUUAGUGGUGGUGAUCAGAUUAUUAGUACUUUGUAGUAUGUGAAAUUCUUACGGUAGCUUUUGGUGGUAAUAGUUUAAGGUUCUCGCUGUUUACCAGCCUCAUCUUUAUCGUAAAUCUUGUCGGCUGUAAGAGGCAACUAAUUGAAAAGUUUACUAGAAACUUUGGAUAAUUCUGUGCAUUCACGAAGGAAUAACUCAAGAUGCUGUUAGUUAAUUAGUUUUCAUCUAUUUAGUGAAGUUGUGGCAGUGUUUUAGCCGCUAUUUGUACAUAAUGUUUCGAGACAUAUUUUGAGUGACGCAUCCAAGUUGAAUCAAAUUUAUAUUGGCAUACAACGUUUCAGUGAUCAGUUGGAGAACAGUCUAAAUUUGUCCGUAGUAUGAGAAGGCGAAAGAAGCUGUUAAUUUGAUAAGGUAAAGGUUGAAAUAUUUUUUUCAGAGAACUUCGCUAAACCGUGAGAAAACUGGCAUCUAUGUAAUUAACAAUUAGACCCGUGGCCCUUAAGGGCGAAGGGUCUAAUUGUUUUAGUAUCAUCCAACUAGUCGGACA